GAGAUGUUCUGAGCCGGUAACACGUGGUGGCUGAACACAGCGGGUUGCUAAACGAGGAGAAAGAGCAGCUUCUUUCUUGUCAACUCUUUUCUUUACAUUUAAGGACCCAGGUUGAUUCAUCCUUCUUCUUCCUCCCUCUGUCUCUCUUCUGUAAUGUUUUGGCUUCCUCGUCAUGAAUCACUCUCGUACUUGUUCCCUCCCUCUUUCCUCACAUAGCUCGAGCUCUUCCUCCUUCCCUCCCUCCCUCUCUGUCUCUCAUUCAUGCACCGGCUCUGUAUCGACUAUGUUUGUCAUGUGGCUCUCUGUGCCCCGUUCGCCUCGCCUGGCCACAGAUCGGAUACACGCUGCUGCUUUGUUCCAGAAGUAGGUGAUCUCUGCUCCACCAACUGGGAAUCCAUGGCUGCCAGUUCUGCCACUUGAUUCACUGCACUGUCCAGUACCCAUUUGAGGCUUGGCUAGUGCUCAUCAUUGUUAUACUCCAAUUAGUACCUGAGCUCUGAAGCUUCAUGGAGGGGUUUCCUGUCCACUGACACAGCAGGCUGCCUUACUGGACAAGCAGCCAUGUCCGCCUGCAGCACCUUCACCGAGCAUGUGUGGAAACCGGGUGAGUGCAAGAACUGCUUCAAACCCAAGAGUCUGCAUUGUCUGGCUCAGAGUGGUGGAAGGAAGCCUCCUUCUGAGCAGAGGCCUCCAACAACUCAGCAACAGAAUCCACCCCCUGCUGGGGCCAGGGCCAACCCUAGCGUUACCAACAAUUCCCAAAGGGCUGGCAGUGGGUCUGCCCAUUCAGGACAGUUCCGUCCACCAGUGGCUAAGAAGCCAACCAUUGCCGUUAAGCCCACUAUGAUGCUGCCCUGCUCCUCUGCGGGACUGGAUUCAGACGUCAACCUGCAAAGACCACCAAAUGUGAUUCAACAGGGCAAAACAUCAGCCUUCACAGUCUGGAAUCGAAAUGGACUGAACCGUAAGAGGCCUGGUGGGCCCAGCAACAACAACGAAGGAGAAGAUGGCAGUGAGGAGAUCGAGGGUUAUGGGCAACUUAGCCCAAGGACCCCUAUUGGAAAUAACAAUAACAGUGGACUCACGGAUGUCCUAAAGGAAAUUGCUGGGUUAGGCCCUGGCCUUAGCUCAUCACCUCUUUCGGGGUCCAAGGACUUGUUUUGGGGACGAAUCAGCAGUUCAUACCGACGUUCUUUAGAAAGAGGCCUUCCAGCCUCAAGCUGUCUGGCCAUGGGAAGCAGCAGCGGCAGCGGUGGCGGCGGCGGUGGAGGUGGUGGUGGCGGCACUGGUCAAAAAAGGGUAUCUCUGAGUGAUAGCAAUGAGAUCAUCAGCACAGAGGGUGGUCGCUUUUGUUACCCAGAGUUUUCCAGUGAGGGUGAAGAUGAUGAGGACGAGGAGGAGGAUGAGGAGGAAGACACUGAAAGGGAAGAUGAUGAACAUGAGAGCUGGGAUGAAAGUGAUGAAGAGUUACUAGCCGUGGAGAUACGUAUGCGAGGUCAACCACGGUUUGCAAAUUUCCGUGCUGCUACAUUGUCUCCGGUGCCCUUUGCAGCAGGGAAGAAGUGGAAUACUGUGCCACUUCGCAACCGCUCACUACAGCGAAUUUGUGCAGUGGACUAUGAUGAUAGCUAUGAUGAGAUCUUGAAUGGAUACCCCUCCUUGGACUCCAAUGGAGCACUUCUUCCCUAUGGACACCAUGACAUGCAAGGCAGUGGUUUCCUAUCAAAUUCAGAGUCUACCACUUCUCCAGAGUCCUCGUCUUCGCUACCAGAGGAUUCUCGAACAAAUUCCAGCAGUGGGAGCAGUGCCCCCUGUGCAGUCUUGCAGUCUCCUACACCUUCUAAGGCACCUGUCCCCUGCACUUCUCCAAAAAAGGGGCCCACCCAGAGAGCACUGAGUCCACUCAAGGUGACUGAAACACACAAGGCUGUCCUGGCUAUUAGACUAGAAGAUCAAGAUGGCAGAGAAGGCAUGCCAAUGCCCCAGGCCCUUCCAGGUCAACCGGUCACUAUCAGUUUUAGUCCCACAGAGGAGCAAGCUAAACCAUACCGUGUAGUAAAUUUGGAAAAAUCUCUGAUCUGUAAACCUUACACUGUAGUGGACGUGUCAGCAUCUAUGGCCAACAAAGAGGAACAAAUUCCAGACUCUACACCAAAACCUAAAAACCUGUCAAUGCCUUCAGCCCCUACAUCGUUCUGUAGCACGUCUUUAGGUAAGCCCUUGUCUCCAACCUCCCCCGUUUCUCCAUCUUCUCCUAUGAUGCCUACGUCACCUACAUCUGUAGCUCUGUCAGGUACCUCUCGAAAGAAACCAGGGAGCAUACGCUACCAAGAAGUGUGGACCUCAAGCACAAGUCCUCGCCAAAAGAUACCCAAAGUAGAUCUAGGAGUUGGGAGUAAUCAUGGUUCCUCCAUCCCUACCCAACACUGCAGUCACAAGUCAGCUCCCACAUCUCCCAUUGCUGGGCUGUCUUCCUCCCGAACUGUACCUGUGAAAUCACCCAAUUUAUCAGAGAUUAAGUUUAACAGUUUCAAUAAUGCAGGCAUGCCUCCUUUCCCCAUUAUUAUUAGAGAUGAGCCAGCCUAUGCCCGCAGCUCCAAAAAUGCUGUUAAAGUACCCAUCGUUAUCAAUCCAAGUGCAUAUGACAACCUCGCUGUGUACAAGAGCUUCUUGGGACUUAGUGGGGAACUGCCACAGCCAAAGGGUGUGGGUAGUAGGGUAGCCAGCCAUACUUAUGAAGAGAUUGGAUCGUCUGAGAGUGUCCAGUCCUCCUCAACAGAGAAAACUAUCUCUGGUCGUGGCACAUCAGAGAGAACUUCUUUUGAAGAGACAAAAGCUGCACCUGAAGCAGUGUCAAAAGCACCAAAUUUACAACCUAGAACCACUACAGACUCUAGCACUCUGACAAGCACUGUGAUGAGCUCCACAGUUGGGGCCCUCUCUCCCACUAAAUCAACAAAUUCCCCUGCCGUUCUUACCAUCACUGCAAACUUACCUAAAACCAGCCCCACGAACAAUGCUGUUAUACGCACUUGCAAGACAAGUGGUGAUCCUACUUGCAGUAAAGAUGAUACAGACUUAGAUCUGUCUUCUGCAUCAACAGUAAGCCAAAGGGAGGAGGCCAGUGCUGUGCUUUUACAGAUUGUGGCCUCCAUUCACCCUCCCCAGUCUCCUCCAGAGUCGCCUUCAGCACCAGCCAAAACCCUCAAUUCAGAAGAGCUGUAUGCCCUACCACCUGAUGCCAUGAAAGAGACACUCACCCGACCCAAGUCCCUCUUUUCCACAACUGAUGGCUGUCUUUCCAAGCCCAAGAAGGACACGCCCUCAAAAGUUUUGUCUAAAUCCCAGAGUGCCUCUGCUGCUGUCCCACUCUCCAGCCCAUGUUCAGAGCCCAAUGCCCCCUUCCCUCCUCCUAGAUCUACAUCUUCCCCUUACCACGCCUCAAACAUCCUCCAGAGACACUUUGCCAACUGGACCAAGAGUUCGGCAUCCAGUUCUCCUGUACGACCCAGUGAAGGUGAAACAAGUCCAGGUGGAGAGGGGAGACGCGUUUCAGCAGAUAGUUCCAAACCCAAACGCUGGAUCUCCUUUAAGAGCUUCUUUCGCCGACGGAAAGAUGAGGAUGAACAGAGAGAGAGGGUGGAGAGAGAGAAGGAGAAAGGCAAGCUGGUUGGGCUUGACGGAACUGUCAUUCACAUGCUUCCACCACCACCAAUCCAACAUCAUCACUGGUUCACCGAGGCCAAACCAGAGGAUCCCACCCAGAAGCCAACCAUCAUCUUCACCUACAAACCAGAAGGUGGCAGUGCACCUGGUGAUGAAGAAGGAGAACUACGAGUGGAGGAGUGCAAAGAAAAUACACUACUUUCACCUGAGGAGAGCAAGGAACCCAGACCUUUGAGUCCAGGGCGAACACCUCCUUCACACACCACUGGAUGUGAUCUCAUCAGCAAGGAAUUAAGCCAGGUACAAGUCAGUGCCAGCAAUGCCAGGGAUCGGGAGCUGCCCGGUGCCACUUCCCUGCCUGCCAAAGUGAAUCUGGGGCUGGUGCUUGGGGAGGGCAAAGAUGGCCACGCUAACCAACCAGCCUCAGUCAGUGAGGGCAGCGCCAGUCUUGGAGAGCCGGAGGAGGAUGGAAAUCACUCCCACUCUACCGCCUCAAGCCAAUCCAGUGCCACAUACAGCAACCUGGGUCAGUCCAGAGCCAACAUGAUCCCACUGAAACAGCCACGGAACAUCAAAGCAUCCAACGAUACCUUGGCCUCCAUCGACUUCGACAGCCUCGCUGACCAGCCAGCUGCAAAGGCCACACCACCACCACUCCCCAAGAAGGUUGUACCCCGCCCCAUCAACGAUCCCAGCCUCGGAGGCAAAGAGUCAGUGCAGGGAGCUCUGAGACCUCGGGCUGAGGCUAAACCCGGAGGCACCAACCUGAGUGUGGCCAACCCUCUUUACGACCUGGACUCCACCUGGGAGACAGCUAGUCAGAGCUCCUCUCUGAGCUCAGAACCUCAUCGAACUCACGACCACGAGAGCGGUGACUCACUGGAGAGGCCAUCAGUUGCCAUGGCCACCAGCAAGAGCCGCCCAACUAACAGCAUGUCAUCCCUGGUUCCUCAACCUGUAUCUGCUGCACCCAGUGACACCACUGGCAGAGAGAGGAGGGUCUACCCGAGUACAGAAUCUUUGGCUGGAAGGGGUCGGACAACAGGUCGCAGUGCUGCUGCUGGAGGAGGAGGCUCCAAACCCCAGAGACCUGCUCUUUACAGGGGGUUAGACAGCUGGGAUGAAGUGGUGGGAAGGAUCCGGGGACUCCACACGGACACCCUGCGGAAGCUGGCAACAAAGUGCGAGGACCGCUUCAUGGCUGGUCAGAAGGACCACUUGAGAUUUGGUACUGACAGCUGGUCCCACUUCAGGCUGACCACUGGGAAACCCUGCUGUGAGGCGGGAGAUGCUGUCUACUACACCGCCUCCUAUGCCAAGGACCCACUGGUGAACUACGCCAUCAAGAUCUGCCGGAGCAAAGUGAAGGAGACCCAGCAGCAGUUCUUCCACAGCCUCGCAGUGAGACAGAGCCUUGCUGUGAACUUCAACAUCCAGCAAGACUGCGGACACUUCCUGGCUGACGUCCCCACCCGCCUGCUGCCCUGGGAAGAGGAAGAAAAUGAGGAGGAGGAGGAGGAAGAGGAAGAGGAAAAUGUAAAUGAGCCGAAGGAGAAAGAGAAAGAGGUCAAGACCAAAGCCAAGGUGACGGACUCCAAAGCUAACAGCAAAUUGGAUGACACCCCCACAGCAGGUCACAUGAACACCGCUGGCCGCUUGAAGAGCCGAGUGGUGGUCAUCACUCGUGAGGUGCCCUUCCAGACGGUGGCUGACUUUGUCCGAGAAGGCGUGGCACGACACGCUCAUAACCCGGAGCUGUACGAGCGUCAGGUGUGUCUCCUGCUGCUGCAGCUGUGCUCCGGGCUGGAGCACAUGAAACCUUAUCACGUGACUCACUGUGACCUGCGCCUGGAGAACCUGCUGCUGGUCCACUGCCAACCUGGCAACCCCUGGAAUCUGGACAUUCUUGAGCCUAACAACAACAGCAACAGCAGCAGCAAUAUUUCUGGUGCUACCUCAGCCAGUGCUGCUGCUGCCGCCGCCAACGCCACAUGCCCCGCCCGCCUCAUCAUCAGUAACUUCUCCCAAGCAAAGCAGAAGAGCACUCUGAUGACCGCCAACCCCGGGACACUGCGCGACCAGUCACGCCUGGCACCCGAAAUUGUCACAGCCACUCAGUACCGCAAGUGUGACGAGUUCCAGACGGGAAUUCUCAUCUACGAGAUGCUGCACCGACCCAACCCCUUCGAGGAGACGCCAGAGCUGAAGGAGCGGGAGUACACCUGGGCCGACCUGCCACCGCUUCCUGUCAGAUCGCUCUAUUCGCAGGGUCUGCAGCAGCUGGCCAGGUUACUGCUCACCGUCAACCCCUCUGAAAGGAUCCGCAUGUCUGAGGCCCGGGCCUGCCUGCAGUGCCUGCUCUGGGGCCCUCGGGAGGACUUGUUCCAGGCGCUGGGCUGCAGCAGCACAGGCCCCAUGUCAGGGGCCACUUCCAGCCAGCGCGAGGCCACCCUGCAGAACUGGCUGGACCUGAAGCGAACACUGAUGAUGAUCAAGUUUGCGGAGCGCUCGCUGGACGCAGCUUGCGGCGUGAGCCUCGAGGACUGGUUGUGCUGCCAGUAUCUGGCGUUCGCCACCACGGACACCCUGAGCAGGGUGGUGCACAUCCUGCAGCAGCCGCAACCACAUCCUCAUUCCCAGAACCAGAGCCAGCCCGCGCACCUGGCACAGAAUCAAACGCAUCAAGCACACACCCUCCACCUGACUCAGUCACAGCCUCUCUGAGUUUUUUCUACCCGGCUGUUACUAUGGCAACAGAUCCAACUUCCCCCUUGUGGUCCCUCUGCCACUGCUAAUGUGUGAUGUAAGCUAAUAGUCAGCUUUGUUGUUCAGCCGCAGCGCUCACCUGAAACUAAACCGCUGAUCGUGUAACGUCUGCCUCCUUCGUGGACAGUGAGGGGCUGAGGUCCAGUCACACAGAUCGGGCUUCCUCUCAGCGCUCAUUAACAAGUCCAGUCCAAGACCAACUGAAACAUUGAAGCUUCCAGUUCAUGAUCAUUUUUAGCUUUUUUCACAGAAUUGUGAUGGCAGGUCUCCAGAUUCCAUGUGAGGCUGUCAAAUGAAAUCCAUUUAGAGAUUUUACAUGAAUAUUCUAUAGAGAAGUUUGAUCAGAUUCCCUCGGUGUUCUCAUGGAAGCUUCAGACAUAGCUUUAACGUGCAUCAUUACACAGGUUUGAAAUCUGUGAAGACUAAAGAGAAAAAUGAAGGGAAUGUGGUCGAAACAAACAAAACAACAAACAAAAUCCAUUUCUUCUCUAGACUGAUGCAAAAUAUGAUUUACAAGCAAAGCCAAAGAAGCCACAAAUCGUCCACGUAGAGAUACUUUUCCACUUUUUAUCACAUCUUGAUUUCACUUUAUCACAGAUUGCAGUCUGACAGGAUCACAGUAACUCUGUCUGUCUAUCGUACCACACUUCACCUGCAGAGGAUCUGGAGGUAGAGGAUGAACACUGAGCAGUUCUCAGAGCAUAGCUAACACUUUAAAUGAUUCAAAGUUCAAAUGGGCUGUUGGUUUUACGUCAGACUAUGUGCAAUUAGUAUCUUUUAUUGUUUGUUAUUUUCUUUUGGAGCAUCUGAACAUUUGUAUGAAACGACGCAGUCUUUGGCUAAUCCUCUCUUCCAUUAGUUUUGUGGCACAUAAACUGACUCAUUUCAAUUUAAGAAACAAAGUGAAGUUCUGUGUGAAGAGCUUCUCACCGUGGAUGUGAGGACAGAUGUUUCAGGGACUGCAAAAAAAGUUCUUCUUUGUCUGUUGUGUUGUUUUUGUCAAGUUGUUUUGAGCAGUUCUGCGUUACGGACAACAUUUGCACAUUCAGUCUGAACGUCGGCGCUCCUCGAUGGAGGCUGGCGACGCAACGAUGCAGCACAGACUGAUUGGGAAAGGUUCCUGUGAACUUGAGGAACUGGAUUUGAUUUGUUUUGCAGUGUGUGGAAUGUAGAAAAAAAGUUUGCCUGGACUUAAACAAGACAUUUUGGACCUGGUCUCAUCUGCUUCAGAAAAUAUACUCAUCUUCCAGCUGAACCACUUUAUGAACUCACAAACACCGCAUUGAAGAGAAACUCAGCCACUGAGACUUGCCUUCAUUCCUUCGGCCCUGUCCCCCCUCGUCCUCUUUGCUCUGCUUAAGUCUGUCUUUUGAUAUCUGGAAGCUGUAGCAGCUCAGCAGCUCGUCAUUGGGGGGAAAUCUGCUUUUGGGAUCAGGAUCCUGUGAUUGAUGGUUUUACUGCAGACGUACAAUACAAGAUUUUUAAUGGUCCAUGGAGUGAAAAUGAGACGAAGCAGGUGUGAGUUUGUUUCUGUGUUUUAAAGGGUUUGUGUACUGAGGAAUGUGUGUGGACAGCACUGGUGGCUGUCCUUGUGUCUAGAGAUUUAAGCCUUUAUAUAGUAUAUAUAAAUAUAAAUAUAACCUUUAUCUAUUUUAAUCCACACACUAUUUUGUCGAGUACGGAGCACCUCUAUUUCUGUCUUUAGAUUAAUUUUUAAAGCUUUACUUGACUUUGUUCAGCCUUGCUUGUUCUGGGGGAGAAUCAGAAGGUGAGUGGUGGACACUGUCCUCCACUACAGGAUGAAUGAAACACAGCAUGAUAAGGAGCGUUAACACACAGAACAAUGUACAGUAUUUUUACCCCUUAUGUAAAGUUAUCUGCUUUAGGAGAUGAACCACUUUGAAAAGAGGCUGAAGGAUGACUUUUGAACGCACCACGACAUCCCAGCAUUCAUCACCCGUGCGUCCUGCAGCCAGUCUUGUCGAUUUUCUCUCUCUGCUCUGGUCUUCUCUGUGCAUUGUUAAAUGCCACUGAACAGAGACACAGAAGCUCUCUGAGGCGUUCUAUGAACAUGUGUACAGUUCUCCUGGCCUGCCGCCAUUUAUUGUUGAUCAAGUUAACCAACAGUAACAGAACAAUAAAUAUAUGUUUUUAUA